GAGCUUUUCCCUCAUUCGAAAGCGAGAGGGAGAGAAACCCUAAUCGCUGGAGGGGAUGGCUCCUCAGCCUCCGCUGCUGAUCAUGGUUGCCCUCUUUGCCGUCGCUGUUCCAAUCUCGUAUUCCAUUCCCUUCAUCGUCUUGCACGGGAUUGGAGACCAGUGUAAGAAUCGAGGGGUGAAGCAGUUCACUGAGCUUUUGAGCGAGUGGUCGGGAUCGCCGGGGUAUUGCAUAGAAGUUGGUGAUGGUACGUGGGACUCAUGGAUUAUGCCCCUUGAUGAACAGACAAAUAUUGUUUGUCAGAAGGUAAAGGAAAUGGAAGAACUUAAGGAGGGGUAUAAUAUCGUUGGACUUUCUCAGGGAAACUUGAUAGGUCGAGGGGUUAUUGAGUUUUGUGAUGAUGCGCCUCCGGUCAGAAAUUUCAUCUCACUAGGUGGCCCUCAUGCUGGCACUGCAUCUGUGCCACUCUGUGGGUCAGGGUUUAUAUGCAUUCUUGUGGACGCUAUCAUCAAGACAGAGAUCUACUCUGAUUAUAUGCAGGACCAUCUAGCUCCAAGUGGCUAUCUUAAGAUUCCAACUGACAUGCCAGACUACUUGGAAAAGUGCAGGUUUCUCCCAAGGCUUAACAAUGAACGCCCCGGUGAGAGAAAUUCAACAUACAAAGAAAGGUUCAGUAGCUUGCAGACAUUGGUUCUUAUAAUGUCUGAGCAUGACGCGGUGUUGAUCCCUAAGGAAACAUCGUGGUUUGGAUAUUAUCCGGAUGGUGCUUUCAGUCCAAUUUUGCCGCCUCAGCAGACUGCCCUAUACCAAGAAGAUUGGAUUGGGUUAAAGAAGCUGGACGAUGAAGGGCGUGUGAAGUUCAUCAGUAUUGAAGGGGGCCAUCUAGGAAUUUCCAAAAAGGAUAUGAAGAAGUACAUGGUGCCUUACUUGGUUGAUGAUGAACCAGCAGGACCACCUCAAUCAGCAGCAAACAAAGGCCGGGCUUCAGUGAAAAGAAGGCUGUUUUCAUUUGCAUCUUCUGAUGUAGAAGAUGAUGAUCAUUUCAAGCCCCUCUUAUCCUCCGGUUGAAAUUAUUAUUACCUUUCUUGUUGAUUAUCAAUCAAUCACCCCAGAGGUGUGCUCAAGUUGCAAUUGAUAUUUGAUUGGUAAGUAAGACGCCACAUUUUAUUAUUGUUGUGUAACAAAAUAAUAUUUGUUAUUAUUAUUGUAAAGAAAAUUAAUCUUACAUAACAUUAUUAUUUUAAUGAAUUAAAUGAACAACAUUAUGAAUGCAGACAA